AUGACACAGUUUCUUCUCUGGGGAUUUUCAAAAAAUUGGGAGCUACAGGUUAUGCACAUAGCUUUACUACUGAUAUUGUAUUCAACAACAAUAACAGGGAACCUUUUCAUCAUCAAUGCUGUUGUUUUUGACACACACCUUCACACACCCAUGUACUUCUUCCUGUUCAAUUUAGCCAUGCAAGAUAUUGGUUUAGUUUCGGUCAUUAUCCCCAAGGCUGUUUUUAAUUCUCUCAUGAAUGUUAGGACUAUUGCUCAUUCUGGAUGUGUUGCCCAAGUCACGUUCUUCUUCUUUUUCUUGACCUGUGAUGUAUUCCUCCUAACUGUGAUGGCAUAUGAUAGGUAUAUUGCCAUUUGUAAUCCUUUACAUUAUGAAAUGAUAAUGAACAGAAAGGCCUGCACCAAAAUGAUUGGAGGUGUAUGGACAGCCAGCCUUCUCAAUGCUUCAUUGCACACUAUUUUCACUUUCAUUACCCCUUUCUGUUCUAAUAUUAUCGAUCAGUUCUACUGUGAAAUCCCUUAUUUGCUUAAGAUUGCCUGUCCUGGUUUAUAUGUAUCUGAAACUGGAGUUAUAAUUUUCAGUUCUACAUUAACACUGGGUUGUUUUAUUUUUGUCCUUAUAACUUAUAUGCAAGUCUUCUCUUCUGUUCUCAGAAUUCCUUCAGUUCAAGGAAGGAACAAAGCCUUCACUACUUGUUUACGAUACCUCACUGUUUUCUCCAUAUUUAUGUUUACUGGUUGCUUUACUUAUCUAAAGCCCAGGUCUGACAGUUCAACCCACCUCAACUUCAUAACUACUAUUAUGUAUUCCAUUAUUCCAUCCAUGAUGAAUACAUUCAUCUACUGCAUGAGAAACAAGGACAUUAAAAUUACUCUUUCAAGACUUUUUGGUCAGAUGUCAUUUCAUUUUUAA